UGGUGGUUUUUACACUAUGGUUGGAGAAGGAUUAGGUGCAGGAUAUAAUGUAAAUGUUCCCUGGGAGCAUGGGCAAUGUGGUGAUGCAGACUACCUGGCAGUUUGGGACUAUAUUUUGAUUCCUUGGGAGCAUGGAAAAGGUUUGAUUCUUGGAACAGCCAUAGGUGAUCCUCUAGGAGGUUGUCAAAUCACACCAUAUGGAUAUUCUGUUAUGAUGAAAAAGCUAAUGGAGUUUGCUUAGGGAAAGAUAGUGAUGGCUCUAGAAGGAGGCUAUAAUCUUGAUUCUCUGGCAAAUUCGGUGCUGGCAUGUGUCAAAGUUUUAUUAGAAGAUGAGCCUGUAGUUAGAACUUCAGAGGCCUACCCAUUUGAGUCGACAUGGCAUGCGAUACAAAAGGUUCGCCAAGAAUUAAGCCCAUUCUGGCCAAUAUUGGCUGAUGAAUUACCAAAGACCAUUAAGAAGGCAACUCCCAUUCAGGGUUACCAAGAAAGAACUAUCAAUGUGUCAGAACCUCAAAAAGAAGCACUCUUGUUAUCAUCAUCUUCAGUGUCGAAGUCUGCAGCAUUAGUUGAGAUCUCUAGUUUGGUGGAAUCACCACAAACUGGUAAUCUCAUAGUUACGAUUGAGAAAGAAAAGGGAAGACGACGAAAGAAGAAAAAGCCAGCUGGUGUAGGUGCAGGAUUAACAGGAGCUCUUGAGGUUUCAACCAGUCAGAGUGGGAGUUCUAUUUGUUAUUUGUGA